AUGAUAAAACGUAUCAAGGCAACUAGUCAAAAUCUUGAAGAUCAAGAGGAUUUUGACUCGGAUGACAAUUUGCCACUGGAUCCUGGUCCUAUGAUUUUAACCGAUCUACAGCGGAGCCUUCUUGAUCAAUUGAUAUGCUUCGUUAUAACUGGUUAUUCGCAUCCGACAUUUAAUACCGAACCACUAAAAGCCUCCUACCUAGCCACAGAAACAAAUACUAGUCAACAUGACCAAAAUUCCACGCACUCGGUAUCUCUUGGAGAUGCAUUCCACAUAAGUGAUUUGUCUCACUCUUCGAUUCAAUCCGGAACGAAUUCCUCGCCUACUCUACGUCCUUUAAGGCCUGAUCAUAUAACCUUAGGCAAAGCCGAUUGCCUGAACUACCUUAUAGAUUUAGUAAUUUCCUAUCAAUCAGUUGCUGAAUAUGUGGCCAAAUAUCGCUUUUUUUCACAGAACACUCAUACUUUGAGCAAACAAGUUUCUGAUGGCGUCGCUCCCUCUAAUCCACAGAUUUUUUCAUUUCUUGCGUACGUAUUUGCAUACUUACUGAAAGAAGAGGAUACUUCUGAAUUAGCCACUACCUUAUUAGAAAAUCUUGUUCUUGUCUCCUCAGAAGCAACACAAGCUCUUAUUAUUAACGAAUACAAAGCUUCAUUGACCAGCAUCGCCACAGGCUAUUUACACAUUCCGGAUAUGACUUCUACUAGUGCGCACAAAACAUUUGCUAUCACAAGCCCAGGGCUUUCAUCUCUUUACAAGAACGAUAGACUUACAGCACACAUGAGAUUUCUAGAUCGACUUCUUUUGCUUCCGGCACCUCUUGUAAGCCGAGUUAUCCAUCUGAUAUACAAGCGCAAACUUCCAUGUGACAUCGCCAAGCUUAUUGCUCAUGUUGACUGUAACCUAGCCAACUCAAAUUCUACUAUGAUAAUGCUUGUUCGGGCACUAGAAAACUUGACUUGGAUUGAUCGCAUUAUAACAAAACGCAUUAGUGCUAUUCAUCAAAGUCAGAACGUUAAUCCAAUGCUCCCAGAUGGGAUUAGACCUGGUCUGCGUAGGCGCGACAGGCCAUUGCUUACUUCCAGAGGUGCUCCUCAUUUGAACAAUGCAAUUUUCAUAAGCCAUGAUUUAAAUGCUGAAUCUAACUCCAGGAGAGAUGCACAUCUUCAGCCAGCUCAGAGUUCUCUCGACCACGAAGAGGAGACUGAUUCGGAGUCUGAAACUGAAUAUGACUGCUGUGGGGAAAAUAAUGGGGCCAUUGCUGAAAAUAUGGAGGCCAGCGGAGCACCUACAAUUCUUACUUCAGAUCAAGUAAUGAGCCAAAUCGAUCCUAGAGACUCUCGGAUUAAUAUUUCUCUAGGCAGCGUCCUUCUCACCCAGGCGACUGUCGCUGGCUUAGCUAUGCUUCCAAUUGAGCCAAAUAGUCUUCGUAGAUCACAGGGUUUGCGCAGCAGCUUUACUCAUAGACGCCAUGAUGGGUCAUCCAACACCUGGCGUACUCUCGAUCCAAACUCUAGUGUUACUGUCCACUGUAGCACUGAUAAUGUCGAAAAUACUGUCAGAGAUGCCAUAGGUAGUCAUCUCGAAGAAGAUGGAGGGGACGAUGACGAUGAAGAUGAGGGAGAUGGUGAUGAUGACGACGAUGAGGAUGAUGGAGAUGAGGAUGAUGACGACGAUGACGACGAUGAUGAUGAAGGAGAUGUUGGGGCAGGAGAUGAUCUCGAUAAUGAGGCAGUUCCCAUCGCAGGAAGCGCUGUUUUGUUUAGAGGUGAAGAUGAAGGCAGUGCUGGCCAAGGCGGGGAUGCGGAAAAUAGCCAGGAUGAGGAUGAAGAUGAUACUGCAGGAAAUAACAUUAGAGAACUUGAGUGCAAUUUGGCCGGGGAUAAUGUGACCAGUCCAAUAGAAAGCAUUGCUAAUGAUGAAGGUUCGAUUUUAUCUAUUUGUUUACUUGUUUUUAUUGCUUGA